AUGGCGCCCAACGUGGCGACGGCAGAUGCGCCAGCAUCAGGCACAGCAAGGCCCGACGCGGCGGCGGAUGCGCCAAUGCCAGGCGCGGCCACACCUGACGCGGUGGCGCCCGAGGUCCUAGUUACGGCGGCAGUCGCGCCGACACCGGGCGCAGCAACGGCGAGCACAGCGGCGGCGGGCGCAGCAACGGCGAGCACCUCGGUACACGAGGUCCCGACGUCUGUGCCGGACGUCCCCACCCCCAGCUCCGAGCCUGCAGCAGAGGAAGAGCUGGAGACGAUAGAGGAGGCGACCUCUACCGCCGAGGCGGCCUUCCAGCGGGAGUGGGUGGCCCUGGAGAGCGAGCGCCAGCGCCUCGGCGACUGGCACACCCGCCUAGAGGGGCACACGAAGGCCGAAGCCUCCCAUGCUGCGCGUGUUCGGUUCGAACUGAAGGCCGACCUUGAGUCCUACCGAGCCAAUCUUUGGAAGGUGUUCGACCGGGAGUUUGCGGUGGCGAGUCGGGAAAAAGCCCUGGUGCUACGGGAGGAGGCUAUUGCCAAGGAGGAGGCCAGCCUCGCGGCCCAGCGGUCCGAGCUCGAGUCCCGUAGCCAGGGACUCGAGGUCCGCAAGCUGGAGCUCGACAAGCUCUUCGAGUCCCUGCACCAAUGGCGCCAGGAGCUGCAGGCGACCGCCAGCAAGCAGGUUGUUGCCGAGAUGGAGCUCGAGGAGGAUAGGAAGUCCCUUGCAAAGCGGGAAUCCCACGCCACCAACAUGGAGCUCCAGCUUGCGCGCCAGUGCGAGGCCCUCAAGUCCCUGAAGGAGUCGGCGGCGAAGAAGGAAGCCAAGCUCGAGGAGAGGACCCACCAGGUAGAGGCGGCCCAGGCAGCACUGGACGCCCGGGUCCAGGAGGCGGUCCGGAAGCUGCAGGAGGACCAGCUCAGGGGGGGCCCAGUGGAUCGUCGACUGGGCGAGCGAAUGGCGGGGACGGAGGCCUCUGCUCGAGAAAGCGUGCGGGACGUCGUCGACUUCGUCGCUGCUUACUUCAAGCGGGAGCCUGCAGAUCCAUGA